AUGGAGACAGCCGACUUGGAACCACAAGAACCGACAAGAGCCCCGCCAACGGUGCCGAGUGCAGACCUUUACUUGAAAGAUUCCUAUCGUAAAAACGUGAUGGUCGAUACAAUAUCCAAGCUUCGGUUGGAUUACCAGCAUAGUGACUUCACUAUUGUUUGCGGUGACCAAAGCUUUCGAGCUCAUAAGACAGUGGUCUGUCCUCAGUCACAAUAUUUCACGAAGGCAUUGAACGGCUUAUGGCUGGAGGCUCAACCUAACACAAUCCACCUCCCAGACCAUCCUCUUGCUGUGCGAAUGAUGCUUGAAUUUCUUUACAGGUCUGAUUACACUUUUUAUAUGGAGUACAAUUUCCCCAGCUCAGACUUGGCGGAAGGUAUAAGUCCACCUGAGGAUGCGAUCGAUCGUCUCACCUGCUGCGAACUGUCUCUUCAUCUGAGAGUCCAUCUUUUAGCAAACCGUCUUCUUAUAGAAUCACUUGCGUAUGCUUCCCUAGAAAAGCUUUGGCAAACUCUGCAUCGCGCCUCGUUUUUCACCGUUUUCCCCCGUCUUAUUAGGGAGACGUACGUGACUACUACAGCCCAUCAUCAGCGCGUGCGGCAGAAAGUCGUUUCUUUCGCUGUUGAGGUACUCCGCGGCAACGUCCAGCGGCAUGACCUUGGCCACAAGUUUCCAGAAUACAUACUGGAUGAGAUACCGGAUUUCGCACGCGACUUGAUGAAACAAUGUAUUGACUACUUCCUGAAACGGCAAAAAACGAGGGAUUGUCUGAGAUAUGAACGUCGGUUUUGA